CUCUGCAGUAAUGAGCGACCUCUACUAGUAUAUCCCGCCGAAACGCAUCAAAAAGGACCAGAUUGUGCUUGUUACUAAGGAGAAUAAGACUCGGGCCCGAUUCUAUUCGAUUUCUGUUCAACCAUCCGUCAACGAGGAGCUUAUCGUCACGAUGUCGGCAGGGCGGCAGCCAUACAUACGGAUCUCAAUCUUCAUCAAAAGGAAGCCCGGCACGUCGAGUGAAGAAUUUCACACCCACUGGUCCGGUGUGCAUGCCGACGUGGUUCGAAGCCUUCCUGGCUAUCUCCACCUCUGCAAACGAUACACCCAGUUCCACGCCCUGCCCGAAUACCAAGACCAGGAGAAAGUCAUGGGGCUCCCUGUCCUCCCGUUCGAUGGCAUCGUUGAGAUAUGGAUAGAAAGUGUCGACAAGUAUGUACGGCACGUCAGCCAGGAAGACAUUGUGAAGGCGCUUGCUGCCGACGAACAACAGUUCAUGACUCGCGAGGACGCUUUCAUCAUGGUUGGUUAUGAAACACUCGAGAUUGGAGAGCCUGUGCCAGGAUUUGCCUAAACAGGUAUCGAAGCGACGCACGAAAUAUGGCUUUUGAAUCAGUUUUUGG